GGUGCCGUGAAAUGGCAGUGGUUUCGCCCUGGGAGCCCCUCAUGGGUAGGCUGGGAACGGCCGGUGGAGUUCUGUGAGAACCUGGGCUCUUCUUACCUGUACCUGACCCUGACAACAAAUUGUGGAGCUGGGGAUUGAAGGGGAAAAAAAAAAAGAAGAGAUAAUAGCUUCCUAAUAACUUGCUGCCAUAGGCCUAGCAGUAAUUAAAGUGCUCAGGCAGGUUCUUGUUUUUAUACAACAAAAUGACCUUGUCAUUCAGGUUGAAGUUAAGUGUGGCUUGAGCUGUCCUUAUUUAAAAAAAAAAAAAAAAGUGUACUUCCAUGAAGUUAAAACAUGGAUUCUUAAAGUGAAGAGAAGUGGGGACUUCUGGGAAGCUGACACAAAGGAUAGUUCUGGUCAGUGUUUAAUGUAUACUGGUAGGAGAUCUGAUGCGGUGGUUCCAGUCCCAUGGAUUUAUUUAUUUAUUUUUACCAUAGUUAAAGACUCUUGGAUCAAGUGACUCUGCUGCUUUUUUUUAGGAAAUUACAGAAAGUAGUAGUUCAGAUGCAUAGCAAAGUAGUGUUAUGUAGUGGUGUUUCUCCAUAAGUAGACCAAAAAAGGUUUGAAAAGAAUGUGGCCAUUGUUGAAGUGUGUGCGCGUAAGGUUUGUGGUAUUUCUGUCAUCACUGUUAGAGUGGCAUCUUUUGAGUUUGCCCCUGAGAAGCUCUGGUAGAAGGAAAGCUUUGUGCAUGUGUGCACGCGUGCAAAUGACCGUGCUUUUUGUCCAUUCUCCCAUAACUUGCAUGCUAAGCAAUAAACAUGAGUUUUACGGAAAUCAAAAAUGUCUGGUUUUUUGUUCUAGGUGCUGGUAUAAAAGAUGAGGCUGAAUGAGAGCCGGACAAGAUCCUUCCAGGCUCCUGUCACCAUCCACAAUUACCCGGGCAGGCAGGUGUAUGUGUUUCCCAAUGGCCGAUCUGAUUCCGAGGAGUCAUCAGAGGAGGAGCUCAAUGUUAUGGAAUUGCGACCGAGGGGCAAGGAGCAGCAGCGAUGCAGCACUUCUCGGGACAGAGUCGGAGACGUGGUACUUCUGGAGCGAGAGAUUACAGAGGAUGAUAAUCUUAACAAGCUAGCCCUGCAGUAUGGUUGUAAAGUUGCAGACAUCAAACGCGUCAACAACUUCAUCCGGGAGCAGGACUUGUACGCGCUGAAGUCCAUCAAGAUCCCCGUGAGGACCCACGGGCUGUUAACGGAGAAGGGCAGAGAACUGAGGCCGCUCCCGACUGCGCCCUCCCAGACCGGCCUGACGCUGGUGGACUUGCCAGAGCCCGACGAGGCUGCGAGCGGCUCUGCUGAGGGCGGGCGCCUGAGCGACUACUUCAAGGGGAUCGACGAGAGCAUUCGGGACGCGGUGCAGGUGGAGGUCCAGCUAAACGCAGAGUACUGCACGGAAGCACGGGAGAGGCCGCUGCCUGAGUCAGGGAAGCAGGAGACCAGUAAUGGCGCGGACUGUGGGAUCCAGUGGUGGAACGCAGUUUUUAUUAUGCUCCUGAUAGGAAUUGUCCUGCCAGUAUUUUAUAUCAUCUAUUUUAAAACACAAGGUCUGGUGGCCCAUACCUCCAACACAACGCUAACCUCAAACAUUUCAACAGAUGGAUUGGAAGGGAAAUUACCACAAAGCUCAGUUGUAGAAAAAAAAUCCUAAGGGGGCGAGGCAGCCAAGUGCAGCCUCUCCUCCUGGCACUGAAGCCCGUACACCAGUGACUUUGACACGAGUGCAUUCAGGGGGAUAACACUACAGAUUAUUUUUAUUUUUUUAAGUAGCUGAUGAUGUAAUCCUGAACUUGACUGAACGUGAGGUGAUGCGAUUUUAUGGAAGGAUAAGGGUGCUUUGUUGCUUAUACGGAUCGUCGGGCAGCUGGCUGAACAUUCGUGAACUCUGUUGAGGGAAAGUAUUUUGUAGCAGUUUCCUCAUCGUGGUUGCUUCAGGUAUUUCUUAAUGCCGUGGCUAAGAAGCGAAUCCUUUGCUGCUGAGCUGAAGAGUGCAGUAUUAACGUAUUUGGGAAGUUGGGGGGGGUGUUUGCAUUUUAAGAAAACACUUUUUGCUUAGAGUAGAAGCUGGGAUUCUUCCUUUGUCUCUGAACCGUCAUUUUUAACCCCUUGCAGCCCAGGGCAGUGCUGGCAUACUUAACCCUAAACCGAUGACUUUGGCUGUGUUAAGCGAGGUGUGCCAGGGUGGGAGGGUGCUGCUGGCACCUCACCUUUUCAUCUCUUGAGCAAGUGUUUAAGCUGUGUUCGUUAGGGUGCUUUAAGCCCACCUGGGGAAGGGUGGCCCAGACCUCGCCUCCUGGAUGAAAUCCCUCAGCGACAGCUCUGGAAAUGCGGAGUCCCUGCAGGCGGAGCUUGUGGCAGAUCCCUGCCACGCCGGGUACCGCUGCUCCAGAGCUGAUGCUUCAGGGUGACCGGAGCUGGCCAGGGAGGCCGGGAGGAGGCUGCCAGAGCAGCGCGGGGACGGUGCUGCGUGGCACGAGCUGCCUGGAGGCUCGUUUGCAGGGAUGGGGCUGGCCAGUGUUAGGUUUGUGGGGGGAGAGUCCAUACUGGUGCAUCUCAACCACCCAGUUGCAAUCAUUGAUUUGAGUCUCCGUGUUUGUCGUCUCCAUGUGAGAGCGCAUCACUAAGCUGCAUUUAAUUUGCAAGGUCUGGGAAAGAAGCCCUGGGUUCCCUUAGCCAGUCACGGGGAGAGAGGCAGAUGCACGUAACGCCUGGAGAGGCUGGGACUGCGAAGCUGCUGCGGGUGAGACGUUCCUGAAAACUGCUGACACUGGCAUGGAAAAGCUUUGGAGUGUGUGGGAAGGACCGGUGCCGCUUUGGCGGCUGGUGGUGUCCUGAGGAGGGUGUAAGCCUGAGGUCCCUGCUGUUUAGGAUGAAUUGGUAAACACUACGUGUUAGGCAUGAGCAGAAAAGGAGGCAGAGAAGAAUUUGCCUUAAGGAUUUAAUUCAGCAAGUUCAGGGCCUACAAGCAGAUGUAAACUCUCUCCUAGAACUGCACCCUGAGGUGGUUUUUUUUGCAGCACGGGUGCGUGAAACCUGGCCAGGGAUGGGAAAGUUACGGCGAGGCGCAGCUCCAGUUGGGGGCCUGGCCCAUUCCAGGGCCGCUUGCGGGGGCUUGGUCUGUCCUGGCAGGGGCCUCGGUUCCCGGGG